GACACUAAGACAGCCCCUAUUCGAAUGGUAAUUGGUUCGGAUUAAUAAGAGUUUGUUUAAAGGUUUCGCGACGAAUAGUUACGACAAUUUAAGUUGACGUUGAAGCGUUUUUAAGAGAUAAUUCUAAAAGCAAGAAAAAUGUAUAAAAGAUACAUAUUUAAAGUUAAAAUGAAGUUGGUUAUAUGAUAAUAAGAAUGGUGUUUAAGUCUAGUGUUAGAAUUUUAAUAUAAGUGAAAAAUUAUAAGUUAAAACAAGGAUUAGUACGUAGCGAGGAGCUAACUUUGAGAGAGGAUUGCGAGCUGACGAAAUGUCGGAAUGAGUCGGUUUUGGUGUCAUUGUGUUCGUUACGGAACAAAGAACAAAAAUGUGGGACAGCCGCUGCCACAACAGUGGCAUGAUAGCUGCAGAUUUGACUGCAAACAGCAGCCCUUAGGGCUGUUUUGCUGUCAAUAAAUCAGCCCGGGGAGGCAACUUCGGAGCUAAUUUCCGACACCUUCGAGUUUGAUUUUGAGUCCGAGGUCUAAAUGAAAGUUGUAAAGGACGUCAUGGACUAUAGGAAUAUUAAAUUUGUUUUGGAUUAUAACCAGUUUACGUGCUCUGUUUCUUAGCCCGAAACAGCAGCCAUGGUGGAAUGUUUUGCGGCCAAAUAUGACAGUUUUAGGGAACCAACUUCGGGACAAAUUUUCAACACCUUAGGACUAUUAUUUCAGUCUAGAACCUAAAGGAAAAUUGUAGAUGGGAUUACGGACUAUAAGAGUGUUAAGUUUGUUUGGUACUUGGGCUAUUUUACGGGAACGUUUUAAUAGUUCAAAGUCGACUAGUUAAGCUAGUUUUGGAAAAACUAGAUUUGAGUUAACAAAAUGUUAACUCGUUAAUGAUUUGAUUAUUAAUUUGACAUUUUGAGUUAAAGUUGAUUAUAAAAUAUGGAAAAGGGAAUUAUUAAAUUAAUUAUCGAUUAUCUCGAUAAUUAAUUUAAUUUAGCAAAAUUGGAUAACUAAUAAAUAACAUUUGGACUAAUGUUAUUUAUUACACGAAGUUAUAUUUUUAAAAGAUUGUCGAUUAAUUCCGAGGCAAUAGAAAUGAAUUUAUUCGCUAAGUAUUAUAUAGCUAGAACGCCUUCGGAUUAGAAUCCAUUUUAAUCGAGUCUAGUUAUCGUAUUUGUGUAGACCCGGCGAGGCAACUACCGACGAGACCUGGAACUCGAGGAGCGUGACAUAGCGUUAUCCGGUUUGGAAACUAGGAAUAGCAAGUGUGUUUUAUUUCAGGUGAUAGUAUUUUGAAGGCAAGGACUUCCAUUCUUGUUCCGGAAGUCUGCAAUAUUUUAAGUAUAUGUAUUGAAGUAUGCUUCAAAUCCUAGCGCUGCAGUAGUCAGUAGAUGUCAGUAUAAAAAUAAUAUUUUGUGUCAAACGAUAUUUUGCUAUUAACUCUGAGAUGAUAAAUGUAUUUUCAUAGUUUAUAUAAAUCACGCUUUUUAUUCGUGUUAUUUCUUUACCAAUUAUCCAUGAAUGGAAUUGAUUAUUAUUUUAUGAAUUGGCAUAAGUUGAAACAGGGCAAUGCUAAAUGCGAGAUAUCGCUUUAUAAGACCCUGAUUUCUAAUAUCGUUUCGCAUCGGUUUUCAGAAAGUAAUUUAGAUAUUUUGAAAUCUAUAUAAUUGUAUUGUAUAAAGAAAUUUUCUGAAAACAUUUUACAUAAUGAUAUAUGUUUGAAUUGCGAAAAAUUUCUACUCAUUUUUAGGCUUGCUACGGGUUUCGGAGCUACCACUCCCACUCCCUAGCGCCGGUCUCGACCCUCGAUUUUGGGUCGUGACAAAGUUGGUAUCAGAGCAGUUGGUCCAGGAUACCACUGCUUUGUGUGUCCGUCUACCUAAGGACUACUGCAGCACAUAAGAUUCGAGUCAUGUAUUUGAUCAGUUUUCAUUUGAUUUUAAAAUUUUCAACUCUCCUCUCUAGGAAGCGAGGCUGUUUGUUCGUUCGAUAGGAUUGUUUGACGAGAUACGCAUGCGUAGAUAUUCUGCUUAUGCAUAGAUAUUCAACUUAUGUUUAAAUGUUCGUUGAGGCGCUUACAUGUUGCUUUUGCGUGGAAAUUUGAUUAUAUGGAUGUGCGCUCUUCGUGUUAGUAUGGUAUAGCCGUGUUGCGAUUGUUUAGUUUAUGAUUCGGUAAUAGAUUGAACGAUUUGUGUGUUAUUAGAAGAAUGGAAGAUCAAAGGCAAUUGGGUGUUCAUGCUAUGAGUGCACAAGGUGUAGAAGAGGCUUAUGGUGGAUCCUCUAAUUUCAUAAGGGAAAAUGAACAUGUACAGAUGGAAGAAGUAGACCAUGAACAAGUUGAAAAUCAAGGUAAUGCUGGAAUGGAGGAUGCAUUAGAAAUGCCGCAACAACUUGAUGAUCAAGAAGAUAAUAUGAAUCAAGAUUUUGAAGAAGAGGCACCAGUAUUAGAAGAACAACCACAACCCAACAUCAGUAUAAAUCAAUUGCUACCAGGAAUUGCUGUUAUGCAAAGUUCUGUAUUAAGUAUGAAUCAGCUUAUACAGCAACAAGGUCAACGUAUUAGUGAGCUGGAGAAUAGGUAUGAGAUGUUGGCAUGUAGGCAGUUAACCAUAUUAGGAUCUAGAUUUCAUAAUGGUGCACCGGAAGUGUUAGAAAGAUCCGGACAAGGUACCCAUGAGUCACAGGUAAGGCCCAUAAAUCUACAAGAACCUAUAAGAGUUAACCCAAACACGAAUGUUGAACGUGUAAGAGGUGAUCAUAUCUACCAAAAUCUCAGGUUAAGAUAUUCAGACCUCAUACCAUCAGCUUGUCCAAUGUGUCGAGAACAACUAGGUGUUUAUCGUUAUGAGAUGGGCGCUUGUUUUCUAUGUGGGCAAUUUGGACAUUUUGCAAGAGAAUGCCCUAUUUUAGGACAAGAGAGAUUUCAGGCAGGAAUGAUGGAUCCCUUUGAUCAGCAAGCAAGACCAAUGGUUGGGGAACCUUAUGGAGAUACUCGAUGGAAUGUCUAUGAAGAUAGACAUCAAGUUCAAGAUUAUGGACGGAGAAGAAACAGGCGAAUGGGGAAUAGGCGUAGAUUUAGAAACUCAAGAGUUGGUCCAAGUGAGCCCAUUAACCUAUGGGAACAAGCUACGACAAGUGGAACAACACAACAUGCUCAAGAUACUUCAAACCGUGAUAUCGUCAACCGAGGUAUUAUUACGUCACGAGCAAGUUAUAUAUUUAUGUUGCGCUUAUUGAUAUACUGGCAUUAAAUGAUAAACUGUUAUGCGUUUAGUAAAGACAAUUGUCUACCUACGAAUAUUUGGAUUAGGUUUAUCACCCACAGAGUUGAAAAGUCUAGUGAAGCUUGAAAAUGUUUAAGAGAAUUAUAGAAAGGAUUUGAACUUUUUGAAAAUUUUGCUGAAAGUUUUGAACUCGCAUGAUUGUGGCCAGACAUGUCAUAAGCAUACUACAUUAUGCAUUCACUACUAGGAGUACACAUAUCAUAAAUGAUGAAGUGCAAGCUUCUCCAAAUCACUCGCUGUUUUGAUCCUUAGAUUCCACAAAAAGUUGGUAAAAUAAACACAGUCCCGCUUUCUGCUCUAAGUUCAACAAUGGUACUCUGCCAUUUAAGUUGUCAUUUGACCUAAAACAAGACUAGCAAGAUGGCGAAGAGAGCGAGAAUUUGAAGCAGAUGGUUUUGCAUUAUCUCUGAUUAUGAAAAUACCUGGUAAAACAAUAAUUGAAAUUAUUCAUGGUUUGAGAAAAAACAAAGUACCCUCCACGUCUUCAGUUCAAAAAUGAGAUUGGAGAAGCAGAGAACCAAAAGAUUUUCUACCGGUUGUCCCCAGAUAAAUGGUCAAUCCUGAAAAUUGGAUAUCUUUCCACGGUUCAUAUUCUCAAAAGAAAAAAAACAAAGUGACGAGCUAGGCACUGCAUUAACAAAAUUAUUCGGAGGAAUUGACAAAUAAAAAAGGCAAUUGGAAACUCUCCCACCUGCACACGCAACUUGUCAUUCUCAUUUAAUAAGUUGAUUGAGAAUCAAAAACUAAACAAUGACCGAAGAGGAAGAUGUACUUAAUUCCAAGUUUCCUGAAUUUCCAAAAACUCCAAGCUACCCAUGUCAUCAACAAAGUUAAGAUACGUCAAACAAAUGUGACGCAUUUGUUCUCAAUAGCCAACUUUUCUUCACAGUUCUCAAUAGCCAAACUCAUCUCUUAUUUGCAAGUCAAUGUCUUCCUAACCAUGAUUCUAAGUUCAACAUCGGUCAUCUUACUCCAAGCAUAACCAAACACCACUAAGUGCUGAAACCAAACACACAGAAUUAAUGAUAUAACAUGAAACAUAACAUCAGUAUGAAGCUGCUUAAAUUAUAGAAAAAAUUGAAGUUUAAACUUUCAAAUUUUUAUACUCCAACUAUCAACAGUGAUGUCAGUUGAUUCAUCUUCAUUAAAAUCAAAACCAAUUUCUUCUUUUAUCUCGUCUGAAGAUGUUACAGAAGAUAACAAAAUCUCCAAAAGGAGUGUCCUCUUUUUCUGGAUUCACCAGGGUGGCCACUGCACCUGUAUUGAAAUCACUAUAUAACCAACUGGACAUUUUUUCUCUGUGGUACUACUCUGCGAAACCGGUCUACGUUUGAGUUGAUGAGGGUUAAUAAGCCAGGUCAUCUUCAUCUAUUCUGUUACUUCUUCUAGAAGUAAUGCAGUUUACAACUUCUGCAUUUUUGGUCAUUGGAUUCCUUUACUCUGAGCCUCUCAUUGGUGGUUUCUCUUUCACCUGGAUUGCUGAUCUGGAAGAGCUGAGCUCCUUGCUGUGCACAUGUGAAGAUUGCUGCUGAAUGCAUCUGGACUGAUCUUAGUUGUUAGAUUCAUUUUAGUAGCUUAAGCUUG